AUGUCUUCAGCCGUCAAGUCCGUGGCGGAGAUACCCACCGUCUCUCAGCUUUUCCGCAGAGGAGAGCUCAAACCCUCAACGGAAGAAGACCUGCCCACCCCCAACCAACAGCUCAACAACAAGGUCUGCACUUACAAGGGCGACAUCACUAAACUCGAAUGUGACGCGAUCGUAAAUGCUGCCAAUAGGAGACUUCUUGGCGGAGGUGGCGUUGACGGUGCCAUCCACAGAACCGCCGGCCCCGGUCUUCUUCGAGAAUGCAGGACCCUAAACGGUUGUGAGACCGGCUCUGCAAAGAUAACAGAUGCGUACAAUUUGCCCUGCAAGAAAGUCAUCCACGCGGUCGGUCCGGUCUACGAAAGUAUCGAGGAGUCAGAACCUCACCUUCGCAGCGCUUACCGCACGUCUCUCAAGCUUGCCGUUGAGAAUGACUGCAAAACCAUUGCCUUCCCUGCUAUCUCGACAGGUGUCUACGGCUACCCCAGCAAGGCUGCAGCAAGAGCGGCCUCCAGGGAGGUCUACAGGUUUCUGACAAAACCAGAGGGUCAGAAGCUGGACAGAGUCGUUUUCUGCAACUUCUUGGACAAGGAUGUUACUGCCUACGCUGAGUGUCUCCCGCAUGUCUUUCCCCCGACCGAGGAUGACCUGUCCCAUACAGGUGAGUGUACCUCUGAUGCAAAUGGUUCCCCCAAGGAGAUGAUACCAACCGAUUCGCAGACCCGCCCGAAGAAAGCCUAUGAUUCUGGUCAUGCUUCAAAGUGCGGAGUGAUGAUCGGUCAAACAGCUACCGCUCCUUCGACCGAUCAGACAGGCAAGGAUACGCCUGGAGGUGCAGUUGUCCGUCAAUCCAUCUCUGCGAAUGCUGCAACGUCGCCCGAUAGCAACGACAAACCCUCAGCCAAGACAAGCCAUGAUGCGAGCAGCGGCAUUCCCACUAUACAUGGAGACCGCCAUGUUCGGAAAAUCACCUGGAAGGGCAUUGACAGCCUUGCGGAUGUGGUGGAGCAUACCAACAAUGCUUCCGCGACGCGUACUUCGAUUUAG